CCAGUGCCAGCAGCACCGGCGUCUCACCUUGCUUCUCGAGAGCACUAGCUAGGUACCGUACCCACUGGCCUAAGAACAAGGACGGAGGAGAGGAGGGAGGAGGCAUUCGAUCGUGCGCUCCAUCGCCUUUAGUUUUUGCCAUUUGUGUCGUGCAACAAGCGCAACAGGCAUCAGCUAUUCUCGGUGUAGGUUAGGUGCAUCAUUCGGAUAAGGUAUCGUACAGACUACCGAGCAGGCCGUAGGGAGGGAGUUUUCACUCAUGGGCACGGAUACUUUGCCUCGGAUCGUGUCAUAUAGCUCGUGAGCGUCCACGGUAGGUACGGCAAGCAAUGCUCGUGGCGCGGCGUUGCUGCUCCGGCGUGGUGUCGCUCCGUGGCCGACGAGGCUGCCUGGUCCCUGCUGCUGGAAUGAGGCGCUGCUGGUCGUUACCGUGCGAGUCUUGAGACCCCUCACCCAUGCUUUCUUGCUUCCGGCAGCCGCGGCCGGCAGGGGACGCCAGCCAGGAGGGGGCGUCGUCCCGGCGGCCGGCACUGCCGUUCGCGACCGGCCUGUUGUUCGCGUCGUCACCGUCGACGUCGGGCAAGAACCCGUGGCCGUCGGAGGCGGACGACAUGGAGAAGAAGCGCUGGGACAGCAUGGAGUCGUGGUCCAUGCUGCUGGACACGGCCAUGGGCGCCUCCUCCGGCGGCGAGGGCUCGUCCCGCGACAGCGGCCGCCGGGAGGAGUGGAUGGCAGACCUCUCCCACCUCUUCAUCGGCAACAAGUUCGCCGCAGGCGCCAACAGCCGCAUCUACCGCGGCAUCUACAAGCAGCGCGCCGUCGCCGUCAAGAUGGUCCGCAUCCCCGAGCGCGACGAGGCCCGCCGCGCCGUCCUGGAGGACCAGUUCAACUCCGAGGUCGCCUUCCUCUCCCGCCUCUACCACCCCAACAUUGUCCAGUUCAUCGCGGCGUGCAAGAAGCCGCCGGUGUACUGCAUAAUCACGGAGUACAUGUCGCAGGGGACGCUGCGGAUGUACCUGAACAAGAAGGACCCCUACUCACUGUCGCCGGAGACGAUCCUGAAGCUGGCGCUGGACAUCUCGCGCGGCAUGGAGUACCUGCACGCGCAGGGCGUGAUGCACCGCGACCUCAAGUCCCAGAACCUGCUGCUCAACGACGAGAUGCGGGUGAAGGUGGCCGAUUUCGGCACCUCCUGCCUGGAGACGCGGUGCCAGGCCACCAAGGGCAACAAGGGCACGUACCGCUGGAUGGCGCCCGAGAUGAUCAAGGAGAAGCCCUACACACGCAAGGUGGACGUCUACAGCUUCGGCAUCGUGCUCUGGGAGCUCACCACCUGCCUCCUCCCCUUCCAGGGCAUGACCCCCGUCCAGGCCGCCUACGCCGCCGCAGAGAAGAAUCUGAGGCCGCCGCUGUCGAGCUCGUGCCCGCCGUUGCUGAACAACCUGAUCAAGAGGUGCUGGUCGGCGAACCCGGCGAGGCGGCCUGAGUUCAGCUACAUCGUGUCGGUGCUGGACAAGUACGACCACUGCGUCAAGGACGGGACGCCGAUGAUGGUGCACCAGGAGCUCAGGAUCUGGAGCUCCUUCGCCAAGAUCUUCAGGAUGGGGUGCAUCUCCAACAACUUGUCCAUACCGGUGCAUUCUUGAUCACUUGCCACCACAUUGAUACACAAUACAGACGCAUUCUGAGUUUCAGACAAAGAUAUUGCUUUGUAACUACGCGCUCGUAUGUAUAUGCCCUGCUGCUAGCUGUUAAUUAAUUUGUGCUUUAUCUGACAAGUAGUUUUCUGAAUGGUUUAAUUUCACAUGGCGAUCAAGACCCAACAGUGCAUUACAAGUCUGUAAAUUUUAUAUUUCUCACUGGAAACCAAAGAAACGGCGGAUUUCAUUUGAAACUA